UAAAUUAAACACAAACAUUAUAAAUCCCCUACUUGAAGCUUCGGAGAGGACUCGCUGAUCCAAAAAAAAUGCCGGCGGGUCAUGGUGUUAGGGCGAGGACAAGAGAUCUCUUUGCCCGUCCGUUCAGGAAGAAGGGUUACAUCCCAUUGACGACUUAUCUCAGGACCUUCAAGAUCGGCGACUACGUCGAUGUCAAGGUUAAUGGUGCUGUUCACAAGGGCAUGCCCCACAAGUUCUAUCACGGACGCACGGGUCGUGUCUGGAAUGUAACCAAGCGCGCCAUCGGUGUCGAAGUCAACAAACAGGUCGGUAACAGGAUUAUCAGGAAGAGGAUCCAUGUCCGGAUCGAGCAUGUCCAGCAAUCGAGGUGUGACGAAGAAUUCAAGCUCAGGAAACAAAAGAACGAUCAGUUGAAAGCGGAAGCCAAGGCAAGAGGCGAAACCAUCAGCACCAAGAGACAACCCAAAGGCCCCAAGCCCGGUUUCAUGGUCGAGGGCGCCACCUUGGAGACUGUUACACCCAUUCCGUACGAUGUCGUCAACGAUCUCAAGGGUGGUUACUGAGUUUGAUCUCCCUCGGUUCGAGUUUUGCACUCCUACACUGUUUUACUUUUUUAUGUUUUGCCAAAAUCUUAAUGGACAUCUUUUGUAACAAAACUUUCAUGUUCUGUCUUAUUUCUGGAGAGCCCCGGAUUGAUUUCACUUUGAAAUUAUUGCUACGGGUACAUCUUGUUGUUUCCA